CUUUAGAUUCCAAUCUUAGUUUUGCAACUUCACUCUCAUCUUUGAUUCCUCCUUUAAGAAGUAGCCACUUAGAAAAGAAAAGAGGAGAAACUACCCCUCUCUCAAUCGUAAUGGCAUCUUUUGAUGAAGCUUCAACAUUGGAACUCAUUAGGCAACACCUCUUGACUGACUUUGCUUCCAUGGACAGCUUCAUCUCCAAUCUUGAUGAUCUUUGCAGCACUUCCACCACCAGUACUACUGAUGACUACUACAUCAAGACUGAAUCAACAGAAUUUGAUCCCUUUGAUCAACCACAAUUCAAUCUGCAAACUAAAUCUAGCAUUGAAUUCAAGCCUCAAUAUUCCUCACCAAAGUCUUCAACUUCUCUAAGCCAGAGAAAACCAUCCGAGAUCAAGGACAUAGCCAUACCUCCACCAGCACCCUUGAACAUGAACCCACAAGUAGCACAGCCAGUGGUGAACAAGACAGAUUUGUCUAGUGAACAAGAUAGGCAUUACAGGGGUGUUAGGCGUAGGCCUUGGGGAAAAUAUGCAGCGGAGAUCCGUGACCCUAACAAAAAAGGCGCUCGUGUAUGGCUUGGAACAUUUGAUACUGCCAUUGAAGCUGCAAAGGCUUAUGAUAGCGCUGCUUUCAGGUUACGAGGAAGCAAAGCGAUCUUGAAUUUCCCUCUUGAAGCUGGCAAGUCGAAUUCUCAACAACCUGAACAAUUCUUGGGAACUUAUUGCAAAAAAAGAAAGUUUGAAGGAAUAAGGAGUGGCAUGGAAGGUACUAAUUCUAGCACUAAUAAGGUGGUGAAGAGGGAGACUUCUUCACCGGAAAGUGAGGUCAAAGCCGUCGCUUCGGAACCAUUAACGCCGUCAAAUUGGAAGGGGUUUUGGGACGGUGAAACCAUGGGGAUAUUUGGUGUGCCACCAUUAUCGCCGUUAUCUCCACAUCCUUCAUUUGGAUAUUCAAGGCUCAUGGUUGUUUGAAGGAGAGAGGGUCGACAUGUCGGUUGGUUGUUUAUUUACUAACUUAGGAAAUAUCUGUUGGCCAAAAAGUGUCACAGAUCACGUAGUGAUGAGGAAGUCUCUCUCUCUCUCUAUAUAUAUAUAGACACACAUACAUACACCUACUAAGAGCCUUAAAUGCAACUAUGAUUGCGUUUGUUGAAGAUAAGUUUUGCAAGAUUGUGUUUGUUCUUUGAUUGCAUUUAUUCAAUGAAAUGGGCUUUUAUUGCUAAUUUUUUUUUU